CAUAGCAAAUGACUUUGAUGACAAAUCUGCAGGUAUUCUGGCUGAGGCCAUCAAGGUAGGACCUGGCAGUUGUUACUUUUAUACUCAGUCGUGAUCAUGGGAUUCAGAAUAUAUUGCUUGUAUUUAGGAAACUACGGUAUUAAAACAUCUCGAUUUAAGCAAAAACUUGUUUGGUGAAUCUGGUGGGCAACUUCUCGGCUCCGCAAUAGGUAACGUUUUUAAUGUCUUACUCAAAUUAUCCUACAAUCAUAGCCAGGACCGCCGAGAGCUUGGCGGGGGCCCGGGGCAAAAAAUUUUUAGGGGCCCCAAUUGCAAAAAGAUUUUCCGGAAAACUUUUUUCGCACAAUAAGUAGGACUUUUCCGCAAGACUUUUCGUAGGACUUUUCUGGAAUUUGCCAUACCAAAUUUCGCUACUUCGGUAAUUUCGCCCGAAAAAUGACUAUGAGGCCUAACAUUAAAUUUAAUAUAAAAAUGAGGCCCAAUAUUAAAUUUCUAGGGGCCCCAAGAGCCUCGGAUCCCGGGGCAAUUCCCCCCCUGCCUCCCCCCUUCUCGGCGGCCCUGAUCAUAGCUUCGUUUUCCCCAAGUCUGGAAAGCAUUGUCAAAAGCUAAAUUUAAACCAGGCUAAAUGUAUGUUGUCGUUAUAUUUCAGCGUCCAAUGUCGGUUUAAUUCAUCUAAAUUUGUCUUGGAAUCAUCUUCGGCGUAAGGGAGCACAUUCCAUCGCAAAUGCUUUGAAGGUAAAAUUUACUUUUCAUACAAUGGACCAUUCCCCAAUUCAUCACAGCUUGAAAGAGCAUCACAAAAUUAGUAAUAUUCCAAAGUUUCGUUACGAAAUGUUGUAAAAUGCGGAUAAUAUACCCCUGCGAAGUUUUCAAUUUUCAGUCAUUUUAGAUUACAAACGGGAAAUUGAUACCCAAAUCGGGCGUUGGGGCAUCAAUUUCCAGUUUGUAAUCUAAAAUGACUGAAAAUUGCAAACUUCGCAAGGCUGUAGUGUCCGCAUUUUACAACAUUUCGCAACGAAACUUUGGAAUAUUACUAAUUUUAUGAUACUCUUUCACCCUGUGAUGAAAUUUUUGUCUAGACUUGUCUAGAUCAAAGUUUUAGUUAUAAGGUUAAAGGUCCAUUGACAUCAUAUCCAGAAACUUUGACUGUGAAAAAGUUGAUAUGACGCCCUCUGGGUGUGUCCACGCCUGAACAUUUCUUGACCGCGCUGGGAAUCGAACCUUCGAUUUUCUCGCAACAACUGCACACAAAAUAUUCUCGUGUAGGAAAAUACGUAUUUGAAAAUGCUGAAUUUAUCUUGGAAUGGUUUUGGUGACGACGGAUCCUAUGCUAUCAGUGAAGCAUUGAAAGUCAACACGACUUUGGAGGAACUUGAUUUAACGUAAGCAUAUAAUUUUUCUAUAGUUGACUGCGUGUUAACAAGCAUCUAAGUUGAAUAUUUAUCCCGAAGACCCGAAC